GCCUGAUACUGUCGACCUUCGUCGCUUCCUUCGCCAAUUUUCUAGUAUCCGACACCGUUUACGUGAUACACAGCCAAGAUGUCUGGAAGAGGUCGUGGUUCCUCGGGCAACAAGCUCAAGAUGUCGCUCGGUCUGCCUUGCGGCGCCGUUCUGAACUGCUGCGACAACUCCGGUGCCCGUAACCUUUACAUCAUCUCCGUUAAGGGUACCGGUGCCCGCCUCAACCGUCUCCCCGCCGCUGGUGUCGGUGACAUGGUCAUGGCCACCGUCAAGAAGGGAAAGCCCGAGCUCCGUAAGAAGGUCAUGCCCGCCGUUGUUGUCCGUCAGAGCAAGCCCUGGAGACGUCCCGAUGGCAUCUACCUCUACUUCGAGGACAACGCUGGUGUCAUCGUCAACGCCAAGGGUGAGAUGAAGGGAUCCGCCAUCACCGGCCCCGUCGGAAAGGAGGCUGCUGAGCUCUGGCCUCGUAUCGCUUCCAACUCUGGUGUUGUCAUGUAAACAAGGAGAACCGUCUUGGAAAAUAUUAAAGGAAAUAGUUCGAUACCAAGCAGGGGAAUCAAAUCAAAUUCGUUUUGGGUGCAACUAUGAACGGGAAACGAAAAUCAGGAACGACCGGGUGAUAAUACUAGAACCGCGAGUUUCAUCACUUCAAUUUCCUCUAUGACGUGUUUCUUUUUGUCUCUUAUAUGGCGACUCGGAAUAUAAAAAUUCAGAAAAUGGGGGCGUCCUUCUUACACUCCUUCUUCGUGCGUAAAUACUCCUCCGUAUCGCAGUAGGUCAUCCUCUUUGGUUAUCUAGUGGUGAUGGGAUUUGAUUUCAACCGGGCCCAAGGAUCGUUGUAUGCAU